AUGUUUACACAUAUUCCCUUAAUUGACUUUGAUCCUUUUCUGAAUGGAACAGAUGAAGAUCGUCAAAAAGUAUCAUCACAAAUAGGUGAUGCUUGUCGUAAUGUUGGUUUUUACUAUUUAUCAAAUCAUGGUGUAUCAUCAUCACUUAUUGAACGUGUUUAUAAACAAGCCCGACGUUUUUUUUCUCAAUUAACUGAAGAAAAAAUGAAAUUUUAUAUUGGUUCAUUUGCAGAAGUUUUAAAAUGGACUGAAAGCCGAAGUGCAACAUAUUCCGGUACCACUAAUAUUUUCACUGAAGAAGUCGACGUUGCGGUAGUAUUUAAUGGUUGGAUCAUUCCCAUGGAAAAAUUGAUAUUUUAUAUUGGUUCAUGUCCAUAUGGAAAUAAUCGAGGUUAUACACCAAUGUUUGAAGAAAGAUUAAGCCCUAAAGGUGAUCUUAAAGAAGGUUUUGAUUUAGCAAUGGAAUCACCAGCUGAUGAUAAAGAUCGAAUAAAACGAGGUGCUUCUUUAUAUAGACCUAAUUUCUGGCCUGAUAAUCUCGAAGAAUUUUGCGAGUGUAUCUAUGAUCAAUAUUAUUUAACAAUGGUUUCUCUUAGUCAGCGACUCUUAGAAGCUUUUAUUUUAGCUCUUGGUUUACCUUACGAUUAUUUCAAAUCAAUGUGUCAAAAACCAAUGGUAAGCAUGCAUCUUCUUUAUUAUCUACCACAGCCAAUAUUUAUUGAUGAAGAUCAAUUUGGUUGUGGGGCACAUACUGGUUAUGAAUGUUUUGCACUUCUUUCUCAAUCAGGUUUUCAAGUACUUAAUAAUAAAGCUGAAUAG